GUAUCAAACGUAUUCGCUAUGGGAAAUUUCCUAUAGUGAUUAGUAACAUCUAGUAUUCGUAUAGAUGAAAAGAUAGCUGCUUCUGUAGGUGGAACAAUAUCCGGGUUUCAUCUAAACACUUUGGAGGAUUCCUUAGGCUGCAAGAUUUUCAUGGAUCUAGAAUGUUUGAAGUUGGCCAAGGAGAUAAUUAGCAAACCAGAAUCAGAAUUUACGUCAGAAGUUAGGAUUCUUAGACAUCAAUUAAGACAAAUUCGAAUUCAUUUUGAUUCACCAUCAACUUAUGCCCUCUGCCGCGCCUCUGGCCCUCUUGCUAAAAGUCAUACAUGCCAUCCUUUUACCCUCUUUACAUUAAAUGAACGUGACCGUGGACGUUCUGCCUACACAUCAAUUUUUAAGGUAAUUACAAAUGAAGUUUUGAAAAAACAGGAAAAUGGUGCUCUCUGCAAGGAACAUGUCAAGGAAUGGAUUGAUCAAGCAACUGGAAAGCCAGCACAAGUAUUAGCAAAUAUACUCAACUUGUAUAAAGAAGAAGAAGAGGAACUUCCCAUCCUUUUCAACAGUAAACUUAACAAAGAAUAGAGUACUUAGUCGAACUUUUAAUGCCUUCCAUUAUCUCAGCUAAUAGUGUUGUUGAAAGCCAUAUUAAACAGAUCUUUGAGCUCUACUGUUGAGAAUACCCCAGCCCCUCGUAUUUGUAACUUAACAUCAUUUGUUUAUUUAUCGAAUCAUAAUAAAGAUUAUAUAGUUCUUAUUUUGUAUUCUAUUGCUUAAGUGACUAAAAACACAACACCAUGUUUAAUUAUCGUUGUUGGAUUCUAAGAUGACUGUG